AGAACAGAAUGUAAAGACGCUAGGAUGAAUCCUUUACUUCUGACUUUGUUUUAUCUGAUUCAGUGGUACCAUGGAACUUUUUGCCUAAACGGAACUAAACCAAAUAUUGUGGUGGUGAUGAGUGAUGCAUUUGAUGGACGUUUGACCUUUGAUCCUGGCAGCAAAGUUGUGCAUCUGCCAUUUAUAAACUACAUCAGGGAGCUUGGUUCUACUUUCCUAAAUGCCUACACUAACUCCCCAAUCUGCUGCCCUUCAAGAGCAGCAAUGUGGAGCGGUCAGUUUGUCCAUCUUACUGAGUCAUGGAACAACUUUAAAUGCCUUGAUGCAAACGCGUCCACGUGGAUGGAUUUACUGGAGGCAAGUGGAUAUCUUACCAAGAUGAUGGGGAAACUGGACUUCACCUCAGGAAGUCACUCUGUCAGUAACAGAGUUGAGGCUUGGACACGAGAUGUUAAUUUCCUCCUGCGCCAGGAGGGACGACCAGUUACAAAACUAGUUGGGAACAUGUCCACAGUCAGGAUCAUGGAAAAGGACUGGGAAAACACUGACAAAGCCGUGCAGUGGAUUCAUAAAACAGCUGCAUCGUCACACCAGCCCUUUGCACUUUACCUUGGCCUGAACAUACCUCAUCCUUAUAAAACUGAAUCUUUGGGGCCAACGGGUGGAGGAUCCACUUUCCUCACUUCACCGUACUGGCUCUCAAAGGUCUCCUCUAACCUCAUCACUACUCCUCAGUGGGCUCCCAUGGCCGCCAUGCACCCUGUUGAUUACUACUCUACCUUCACCAAAAACUGCAGCGGGGAUUUUACUGAGGAUGAAGUCAGGGGCAUUCGGGCAUUCUACUACGCCAUGUGUGCUGAAGCUGAUGCCAUGCUGGGCCAGGUCCUAUCUGCCCUGAGAGAAACAGAGCUCCUCAACAAUACUGUUAUCAUCUUCACAUCAGACCACGGAGAGUUAGCCAUGGAGCAUCGGCAGUUCUACAAGAUGUCAAUGUUUGAGGGCAGUUCCCAUGUUCCCCUGCUGGUCAUGGGGCCGGGGCUCAUCUCUGGUCUACAGAUUGAUCAACUUGUGUCACUGGUCGAUUUGUUUCCCACUAUACUGGACAUUGCUGCUAUUCCACUGGUUGGUAAUCUCAGUGGCAACUCUUUAAUUCCUCUAAUGUCCAUAUUUACCCAUUUUUUAAAGAAACAACGUCCAGAUUGGGUCUUUAGUGAAUACCAUGGUUGUAAUGUUAAUGCCUCUACGUACAUGCUAAGAAGUGGCAGGUGGAAAUACAUCAGCUAUUCUGAUGGCACCAGUGUCCCUCCGCAGCUUUUUGAUCUUGAGGUGGACAAAGAGGAGCUCAAUAAUGUGGCAGAGAAAUUCCAAGAUGUCACAAAUUAUUUAGACAAUACACUGCGGGUCAUCUUAGACUACCCCAAAGUCUCUGAAGCUGUCCAUCACUAUAAUAAAAAAGCCUUUACUGCCUGGAGAGAAAGUCUGGGAGGGAAUUACAGCCAGGUUAUUGCUAAUCUGAGAUGGCAUAUUGAUUGGCAAAAAGAUGUGUUCUAUAAUGAGGAAGCUAUUAAUACCUGGCUUCAAGGCAUUGAAUGAUUUAGGGUUAGGUCAUUAAAAUGUUGUUCUUUUCUCUUAUCUGGUAGAGUACAGAUAUUGUUUUUUUUAUGUGUAAAAAACACAAGUGUGGUCAGCUGGUGGUGAUAAGCUUAAAAUUUUAAUUUUGCCAUUUUUAGUUCAUUAUAGAAUAUAGAUAUUUUUAGUAUGAACUGAAAGCGUUUGUCCUCUAAUCGUUGUGUAAAGUUAGAAUGUAAGUCAUUCUCUCUUUUAUAUAGUUCAAUGUUGUUAGUUUAUAAAAUUGUAAAAUUAUUCUCGUAUCCUUACACGUUAUGUACUGUAUCGUCUACUUGGUGUUAGUAAUUAAACUGUAUGUGCUUUUAUUUUGAACAGUC